AAAAUAGAAAAAACUAAUUACACGUGAAAAACGGAUUAGGUUAACAACAACAGCAAAAAGACCUUUGCUUUGCGCCCGAUUCAGCCCCUCCCCACAAACAGUAAAAAGACGGCACACCAAUGGAGGAAGAGGGAGAUACUAUCAACAACAAUGAAGACAACGAUGUUGAAAUCAUACCAGAAACAAUGACCUCUGACAACAAUGGUCCUACUAUACAGGAGGAUGACACAAACGUUAUUCAAAAUUCUCCUUUUAUCGUUCAGGAAUUCAAUGAUUUAGAGGAUGCAUAUGCGUUCUACAACAACUAUGGUAAGAGUUGGGGGUUUUCUGUCCGUCGCUCAAGGAAGGUUAAGAACGUCAAGGGAGAGGUAACAAGUGCAGCCUUCGUGUGUUCCUGUCAGGGAGUUCGAGAAGCACAUAAAGGUCCACAAAAGAGGGAGUCGCCUAUGGAGAUCAGAUUUCAGUGCAUGGCUAUGUUUCGUGUGAGCUUGAACAAGACAAACAAUAAGUGGGUUGCUGAUAUAUUUAAGUCACAACACACUCAUGACCCAGUUAGGCAAAAUCAGGUACAUUACUUGAGGUCGCAUCGAGGAUUAACAGAAGCAGACAAGGCAGACCUCCGAGUUAAAAAGGAUGCCAGAAUGAAACCUUCUCAGGCCAUUAAGCUUGCUGUGCAUUGUGCUGGAGGGCAUGACAAACUUGGGUAUACAGUUAAAGAUGGGUUAAAUUUCAGCACCAAAGACCGCGCUGAGAGAAUCAGCGAGGGUGAUGCAGCAACUGCACUGGCCUAUCUAGAAUCAAAGAAAAGCACAGACCCACACUUCUUCCUCCGAUACACUACUGAUGAGGAAAAAAGGCUCCAUUUUUUAUUUUGGACUGACAACAUUUGCAGAGCCGACAUUUCAUGUUUUGCAGAGCCGUAUUCGAAUGAAAGAUUAGUCGGUCCAAUGGGAUGGUCCAGACCGAAUCAAGCCAUAUAUGGUUUGAUCCAAACUGAAUCAAAGUUAUAACGAUUUGACUUUGGUCCUUGAUUUAGAAGAAAUUUUGGUCGGGUCCAACAGAAAUUUUUUAAUACCAAAAAUACAAUUUAUUGUUUUCAACGGAUGAAAAGUACACUUCAAUUCCCUCAUUAACCGCCAAUAACUAUUAGCAAACUUUUACUAUUUUAAUUUUAGUUUGGGAUAAUUUCAAGCGGCAUGGCACUCUAAUUUUUUAUGUAAAGUAAAACUCCUAUAGAAAAUAAAAAUAUUGGAGGGAGCUUCUAAUAUUUUGUAAUUUUUUUAAAAUUGGAAACGUACAAUUCAAUUUCAUAUUUACCCGCCAAUAACUAAGAGGGAACUUUUAAUAUUUUAAAUUUUCGUUGCGAUAAAUUUUGGAGGCAGACCUCUCCAAAUUUUAAGGGAAAUCCCAAAUAUUGGAAGUAAAUGUAUUGAAUGCUAAAAAAAGGAAUUCCUUGUUUACGAAUAUCCAAAAGUAUAAUUUAAUUAAUUUUUUUUCAUGAAUCGGCUGGGCUUAUAUUUAAGCCGAACAACCUAGUACAUAAAAGGCAACAACUGUGCCCACUGAGUUUUUUUUUUAGAAACCACUGAUAAAGAUUUCAUUAAAAUCAAGAAUCAACUGCCUCAAAGGCUACAACGUCAGCCACCCUUUGUGGUAGAACAUUACAAUCAAAAUGAGUUUCCUCAGAAACUGAAACUAGAUGAGCAAACACAGGAGCUUGGGACCACAACAAAGCAUAUAAAUCCUCCUUCAACAUAUCCGAACAAAUGACCCCCAGUUCAGUUUUGCAUAUUUUCCCCUGUUUCAGUAUCUCGAUCACCAUUUUACAGUCUGACUCUACCACAAUCGGGCCAAUUUCUUUCUCCUUCACUAGUCUGACCCCACAGAGAAUAGCGAUUCCUCCUUUAAAGUGUCUUCGCUUUUGGCCUCACUUGACAUAAUUCUUCAGGGGUUUAACUCCUGCUGCAUAGACACACCAAAAAUAGCGUCAUUCACAAUACAGGAAACAAAGUUCGAUGGAAGCUUGGGACCACAACAAAGCAUACAAAUCCUACUUUGGGUACUCAUAUGGAUAAUGUUCUUCUCGUAUGUCAGAUUCCAUCCUUCCAUUCACACUCCCCAUGGCAACGACGUGCACAUAUAAUGAAAGAAAAUUGCCAAAUCAAACAAAUGAUAUUCAUAAAGCAAAAUAUAAAAAAUGAAAUUUUGUUAAAUUAUAUGGUCCAGGUUGAAAUACUUCCUCAUACCACAUAUUACUAUCAUAAACUUUCUUGUAGGGUUCAGGAAUAAAGGAUACCGUAGUUCCAGUGGUACAUAUUCAAGCUAAAUAGUAAUGGGGGCAUUCCUAUGAAUGAAGCACUCCUACAUAGCUGCAAUACAUUCCAGACUUACUAUAUCAUCUACUCUAGUACCCCUCAAGAAAGCGUAUGACAACAAUCACAUUAUCUGUGCAAGCCUCAACCAAAUAUUUCACAUAUACAUGUGUUCUCAAAUGAACAUUUGAAACUGGAAGGAAAUAAAAUGAUACCAUAAAAAUUGUGAUAGAACUAGAGGUACAUAAACUAUCUCCCGAAUCCACUAGUGGCCUUCACAACUCUGCAAGCAAUGAAUUUUCUGAGUUGAGGGAUUCGGACCAAUAAAGAAACAACAGACGAAACAACAAUAAAACGAAACCAACCUCAAAUCUUUCAAAUCUCCUGCAGCCUUUCCGAGUUUCUUCCAAAAUGUAGGAGUCAAGUGGGCGGAAAAGAACCACCAGCUGGAAUAUGGUUUCACAAUAUUUAUUAUGAACACUCCAACUAAAUCUGAUGUUCUUCUCCGCCCUUUGUAGACACAUUUACAUGUUGGGACUGCCCGCCGAACUGCCGCUAACACAACCUCAUAAGAAAAUAAAAGAAGAUCAAUAAAAUGGAUUGGAUUAGGUAACUAGUCUCCAAACUCAGUUAUUAGCUAACACUCAUGAGGGGAAAAUUGAGAUUUGGAAUCAAAUUAAUACAAACCGUGUCAACAAGCUACGAAGCCAGAUCUACUUGAAGAACUCGUGUCAGAUGCCAAAUUCGGCUUUCACUAAUUGAAGCAACCCACCGAACUUCAUUUUUGUGAGAUCGACAACAUGAAAAUGUCAAUACGGCGCAGAAGAAUCAUCAUAUGACGUGUGUUUCCAAAACGAACGUUAUGAAAAAACCGAACUCCAUCUGAUGAUCUUCUGCGCUGUCCUUACAAGUUUACAUGUUGUCAUUCUCAGACUACCAUGCCUCUAGCCCAACGCACUCCGGACACCCAAAAAAAAAACAAACGAGGGGAUUAGGCUACUGGAGUCAGACCUUCAUUAGCUACCAAGAAUAAGAUCAAAAAUCUAUUUGAGUAAAAUAUGAACCUUCCUCCUUGCAGCUGUCUCCCCGACAUCAAUCUCCAAAUCAUCACCCAUUUCGCGCCAGAGAAGAAGAUUAAGAUAGGGCGGCAUCGAUCUACCCCUCACAACGAAGCGAGAGCCUGGAGGCAAGUAGAGGAAGGAAUUAAGAGGUAAGCGGUAGGAUUUUUUUUUCCUUUGGGUUCUUGGCGAAAGAACAUAAGUGAAUGAGAACAAUGGGAGGGGGAAUGUGUAAUGAGCGACGGCUAAGGUUUCAUCCAGCCUUAUUUAUUUAGUUCUUAGCCCUGCAUUUUUGUCUAUUUUUACUCUCACAUCUUGGUGAUGGUGGAAACGAGGGAGCAGCUGGAUUGGGGAGAACGGAAGGGGAAAUGGAAUUUAGGGUUUGGACUACCAAGACCAAUGCGCGUGGGAGAGAAGGGCUGUGAAUGGGCUGCGCUUGAGAACACAUGGCCAACAUGCAUUGUUUGCUUCUUUUUUUUCCUACUAACAUAACUCGUUUGUAACAAAAACCAGGGAGGGAAAAUGGGCCAAUGGGGGAUGGUUAGUUGUUCCCUAUGUAAACAAUGGGAGUUUCUUUAAUCAAUUUAAUUUCCUAUAGUUUAACACGUUGUAAACAAUGAGAAUACCAAGAUCUGUUGAAAACGUUGUAUGUCCUAAAUCAAUCUUGUAUUACUAACCACGUUGUGCUAGAAUUAAGCGUUGAAAUGUUGCAUUUUCCAAUUGUUGAAUACUUAAACGCCCUACGGGUAGUGGCUGAGCCACCUCUUGAGGAGAGGGGUCAUAGGACUCAGUUGGGAAAAAACAGGGCAACAAAAUCCUACAGAUAUGUAAGGUUUAAUAUGAUCCUUUGAAUUUAGGACCUCAUACUUUCGUUUAUGUUAGCUCAUCUAAGGACACCAAUUAACUCAAACUUCAUUAGAUAAACGGAAUUUUGCAUU